CGGAAGCGGAACUGAGGUCGAAUUAGACUACUGCGCUUCGCCGGCCGCCCCCGCCGCCCCCACCCCGGAUCCCGACUGACUCGCAGACGCGCCGGAAGCGGAAGUUGCUAAGAGACCGGCUACCGGCCCGGACCCGUCGCCCGAGGGGAGUGGCACUCGGGGCUCCGACUCCUUCCCGGGGUCCGUGUGACCCGCUGGUUGCCGUAGUCCCCUGCCCCUUUCCUGGAGCGAAGCACCGUCCGGCUUGCAGGUGUCCCCGCAGACCCUCGCCAUGGGCAACACGAGCAGCGAGCGGGCCGCGCUGGAGCGGCAGGGUGGCCACAAGACGCCGCGGAGGGACAGCUCGGGGGGCACCAAGGACGGGGACAGGCCCAAGAUCCUGAUGGACAGCCCCGAGGACGCCGACCUCUUCCACUCCGAGGAAAUCAAGGCUCCAGAAAAGGAAGAAUUCCUGGCUUGGCAGCAUGAUCUGGAAGUGAAUGAUAAAGCCCCUGCGCAGGCUCGGCCAACAGUAUUUCGAUGGACGGGGGGCGGAAAGGAAGUUUACUUAUCUGGGUCCUUCAACAACUGGAGUAAACUUCCCCUCACAAGAAGCCACAAUAACUUCGUAGCCAUCCUGGACCUGCCUGAAGGAGAGCAUCAGUACAAGUUCUUUGUGGAUGGUCAGUGGACACACGACCCUUCUGAGCCAAUAGUAACCAGCCAGCUUGGCACAGUUAACAACAUCAUUCAAGUGAAGAAAACUGACUUUGAAGUAUUUGAUGCUUUAAUGGUGGAUUCCCAAAAGUGCUCCGAUGUGUCUGAGCUGUCCAGCUCCCCACCAGGACCCUACCAUCAGGAGCCCUAUGUCUCAAAACCAGAAGAACGGUUUAAAGCCCCACCCAUUCUCCCUCCACACCUGCUUCAGGUCAUCCUGAACAAGGACACGGGGAUUUCUUGUGAUCCGGCUUUGCUCCCCGAGCCCAACCACGUCAUGUUGAACCACCUUUACGCACUCUCUAUCAAGGAUGGAGUGAUGGUGCUCAGCGCGACCCACCGUUACAAGAAAAAGUAUGUCACCACCUUGUUAUACAAGCCCAUAUGAAGAGCUGGGAGCCGGCGGUGGUCCCCAGGGAACGGUGUGCACCCCCAGCCUCCACGUGUGCAUGCUUUCCACUAGAGGGAAUGGACUGUAAAUUUUUCAUUUCACACUCUUUACAAGACAUUUCAUACCCGCUGUAGUCCUGCUUGAAGGUUUGUUCCAGGCGUGGCAGCUCCCAAAGCGCCUCUGUCUGUAACAGUCCUCUUGGCCCACAGUGGCUAUGAGCCUCAGGGCUCACCGGAGCAGAGAACAGAGUGAAGGGGACACAGAAGGUCUGGGGCCCCCACACCACGGUGCAUGAGGACAGGUGCAGUUCUGAACAGACAUCCUCUGAGCUGGUCGUGGAGAUGCUUCUUAAGCCAAAAAUGAAGCCCAGACCCUUUGCUGGUAAAACCUGGGAAACCGGGACUGAGGCCACACAUAAUAUCUAAUCACAAGUGUCUUUGAGGCCAUCCCCUUGUCCCUGUCGAGGCCUCGAGCUAACAGCAACAACUGGUCCUCUGAAAUCAUAGCAAUAGGUUGUCUCCUGUUCUCUGCUCCAGGGAGGUAUAAUUUCUCUAGAAAUUAGAACCUGUCUGAUUUCCAGGUGAAGAUUGACAAUUGUUUCUUAUGCUUAUGUGUAGUACUUUUGUUUUAAACCAGAGGUGGCUGAUUCUGUGGCCUUAGGGCAAUUUUAAAACCACCCCAACCAGAAUAUAGAUGAUGUGAACUGUAUUCAGCAAUAAUCUGUUUUCAGAACAGACUAAAAAUCGCUGCCAUAUUUCUCCAUUAAGCCAGAUGAUCUGAGGACUGACCACUGUUAGCUGGAGUGUUGUCCAGCUUUUUAUUCUAAUCGUAACAAGGUGACAGUGUUACCAUGAAAACUUUGGAGAAGCACCCUACCCUAGCCUGGCCGCCUUGCUCAGGACCUCCAUCUCUACUUAGCAGUGAAGGCAGUCGCACUUGCUCUUGUUUAUUCUGGAAGGAAUUUAGAACUUCUCAGCAGCCUUCUAAAUUUGUGUCGGGAAGACAUCCUUUGGACCAAAGCAAACCUCUUUACACUCGGCGUGGUUUCCAGGGAGAUGCUGCAGAUGUGCCCAUUAGCACAGGUUCCUGUCCCCAAGUCCGCAGAAGCUGUCGUUACACCCUGCGUUCCUGCUGGGAGAUGGAGGAACGAGCUCCCUGGUUUCCAGUAUUUAUUUGGUAAACCUGAGUCUGGGAUACCCUUUUUUUGUUACUGUUUUCCAAACUGAAUUAUUGUCACCUUGACGUACAGGUUUCAAUAAAGCUUUGUAAAGAUAA